UUAACUGAUGUUAGUCGGGUUCGUGAAAACAGACAUCGUCACUGCGCGUUCACUGAUAUGAUGUUGUGCAAUAAUAUUAUCAAGGUCAUUUGGACGAAUCACGAGUGAGACGAAACAACAUUGGUUUUGAGUUGAUUUUAAGUACAACUGUAGAAGAUUCUGUUUCUGUGAAUAACGUUGUUUACUUUAAGUACAUUUCCCAGUAAAAACAAAACCAGUUAUCCCCCACAACAGGUGCUGGUUUUGCCAUGUCUCGAACAGCCGAACACGUUCGUGGUCUAAGUGUCCGAGAUAUUAGAUUUCCAGCUCCGGUAGAUGAGCAACAUUUAACUCAGCAUACUAUAGGAUCGGUUCUUCCAGAUUACUCCUAUGUUUAUGUGGAACUGUUCACUGAGAUAGGUUUAACCGGACAUGGCUAUACUUACACUCUCGGUCGUGGUAAUGAAGUCGCAAAGUGCUCUCAAGAUGCCAGGAUUUCUAGUUCAAGUUUGGCUUUUUCAAAAGAUUUUCAUAGUGUGUAGCUGAAGUUUCUUCCAUGAGUUAUUGUAAGGUAUGCUUUG